AUCAGCUUUACCAGUCCCCCCAAAACGGCAGUUGUCCGAAGUUUGGGCUGCGAGAAUGGCAAUGGCGGCUACUGCCUUCGGUGCUUUGACCUCCGCCGCCGUCUUUAACAAGGAGAAGAGCUCAUGGCCGGCAACAUCCGGAAAUCGUGAUCAACACCACCACCACCACCAUCAUCAGCUUCGUGUUGUUUGGACUGAUUAUAAUGCGGGCGCGAAGGGCAAGGGGGAACAUCUUCUUUCUCGCACGCCUCCGUUUUCAUUCCCUUCUCCACGCACACGCACACGCACACCAGCUGUUCGACAUUUGACUGGAUCCCUCACUGCAACCGACGGCCUUCGUUUCGCUAUUGUUGUGGCACGGUUUAAUGAGAUUGUGACGAAGCCGCUGCUGGAAGGAGCUUUGGAAACUUUCAAGAAAUAUUCGGUGAAAGAUGAAGAUAUCGAUGUGGUAUGGGUUCCUGGUAGUUUUGAAAUUGCUGUGGUUGCAGAGAGGCUUGGAAAGUCACGCAAGUAUCAAGCGGUUCUGUGUAUUGGAGCUGUGAUAAGAGGAGAUACUACCCACUAUGACGCUGUUGCUAAUUCAGCAGCAUCUGGAGUACUUUCAGCUGGUUUAAAUUCAGGAACUCCUUGCAUAUUUGGUGUAUUGACGUGCGAUGAUAUGGAACAGGCUUUAAAUAGAGCUGGUGGUAAAUCUGGGAAUAAGGGCUCUGAAGCUGCUCUGACAGCUAUCGAGAUGGCAUCCCUUUUCGAGCACCAUCUGAAGUGAUGGAACCAUUGGAGCAGCAUCUUCUUCUACGAGCAAUUGUCCAAACUUCUUGUAUUUUUCCGCACUAGGUUGCCGGAUCUGCUCUGUUGAGGUUUCCUAAGAGCUACAAAAAUGUUAUGUUGUUGUGAACUAUAGAGGGAUAGGUCUUGAUGAGUGACUAGCUAAAAGUCUUCCUCGUCCUGUUUGAAACUAUACGAGGAUAUGAUGUUCUAGUGUGGCAAUAAAAUGCUUUUCCGCAAUUUACCUGCUUUUGCAGUUACAUUUUAAGACUUUUUAUGUACAAUUUGUUUCGAUCUCUGCUACGUUGUCACACUUUAGUGAUAUUGAUGGUGGAAUUGCCUUUAGUUUC